CCUUUCUCAAUAUGUCUCUCUCACACACACACACAUACACUCACACACAAACAAAGUAGACCAGAGACCCCAGGGAAGCCAAGAAACCUGCUCUAAGGUGCCAACAAUAUCAAACAAGCAAAAUAAUACUAUCCACCACAUAAGUAAGUAGUAAUAGAAGUGUUGAACCUGUUUCUUUCCUCUUAAACUGAUAUACCAUGAUCAAAACAGGCACUUCCUUAUUAGCCAUAGCUACCUCUUACUUGUUACUUCUCAUUAAUCCAACCCCAAAAUCAACAUAUCAUUCUCUCUUCAUCUCCAAUUCCCUAUCAGACAAUGCCUCCAUAGCCCACCAUCUUCAAACUCUCACCCGCAGACCCCACAUAGCUGGUUCUGAAGCCAACACUGAGGCUGCAGCUUAUGUUCUGUCGGUCUUCGCCUCCUGCAACAUACCAUCUCACUUUACUUCCUAUGAAGUUGGCCUCACAUACCCAAUUUCACGCUCCUUGGUGCUCAAAAACCUGCCACCUGAACCUCCCACUAACUUCACUCUACGCCAAGAAAUCUACAAGGGUGAUCCUUAUGCUGAUGUUACAGACCAGGUUGUUCCGACAUUCCACGCGUAUGCCAAGUCAGGCACCGCAAUUGGCCCUGUCGUGUACGUGAACUAUGGAAGGGAGGAGGACUAUUUGACACUGGGACAGAUAGGGAUCAACGUUUCAGGCACUGUUGUAUUGGCAAAGUAUGGGAAAAUCUUCAGAGGGGACAUUGUGAAGAAUGCAUAUGAUGCAGGUGCUGCAGGGGUGGUGAUAUAUUCAGAUAGGAAAGACUAUGGUGGUGCUGGGGUGGCGCGGUGGUUUCCUGAUGACAAGUGGUUGCCGCCAAGCGGGGUUCAGGUGGGGUCGGUGUUUAUGGGGAAAGGGGACCCCACAACACCUGGUUGGGCGAGUAGUGGUGAAUGUGAGAGGCUGUCCAAGGAGAAGGUGGAGAAGGGAGGUGAUGUUCCUCUGAUACCUUCAUUGCCAGUGUCAGCUGCAGAUGGUGAAAAGAUAUUGAGGUCAAUUGGUGGCCCUGUUGCUCAGGAUGAUUGGCAGGGAAGCAUAGAUGCACCUACUUACAGGGUUGGACCAGGACCAGGAAUUCUCAACCUCAGUUACAUGGGACAGGAUAUUAUAUCCACAAUUCAAAAUGUUAUUGGUGUGAUUGAAGGAGAAGAAGAGCCUGAUCGAUAUGUCAUUCUAGGCAAUCAUAGGGAUGCAUGGACAUUUGGAGCAGUUGAUCCCAAUAGUGGAACUGCAGCACUACUUGAGGUUGCACAAAGAUUGGGGAAGCUUCAGAAAAAAGGGUGGAAACCUAGAAGAACAAUUAUCUUAUGCAACUGGGAUGCGGAGGAAUACGGUCUUAUAGGAUCAACGGAAUGGGUAGAAGAGAACAGGGAAAUACUUGCUUCAAGGGCAGUUGCUUACUUGAAUGUUGACUGUGGAGUAGGUGGACCUGGAUUUCGCGCUAGUGCCACACCACAGCUUGAUGAAUUGAUCAAAAGAGCAACUCAGCAGGUCAAAGACCCAGAUAACUCAUCUCAGAGCAUUUAUGAAUCUUGGACUGGUUCAAGUAGUUCCCCUCUGAUUGGAAGGUUAGGAGGUGGAGGAUCAGAUUACGCAGCUUUUUUACAGCAUGUGGGAAUUCCAGCAGCUGACAUAGCCUUUGGAGGGGAUUCUGCAAGUUACCCAGUAUACCACUCAAUAUAUGAUGAUUUCAUCUGGAUGCAAAAUUUUGGUGAUCCUAUGUUUCAAAGGCAUGUUGCAGCUGCAAGUGUUUGGGGUCUAGUAGCACUUUGGCUAGCAGAUGAGGAAUUCAUACCUUUUGAUUAUGUUUCCUAUGCUAAGGAGCUCCAGCUUAGCGUUAAGGUACUGGAAAAUGAGAUUUCAAACAAAGACAUAAAUUUGACUCCUAUAUUUACUGCCAUCAAGGAGCUUGAGAAAGCGGCAACCAUGAUAAAGAACCAGAGGAAGGAAUUUGAAGCAAGUAAAGGAUGGACAACAAGGAAGGAGAACAAUGUGAAAGUGAGAGAGUUGAACGAUAGACUGAUGAUGGCUGAGCGUGCAUUCACUGACAGAGAUGGUCUGUUUGGAAUGUCAUGGUAUAAGCAUUUGAUAUAUGGACGCUCGAAACACAAUGUUUAUGGCUCCCAAUCUUUCCCUGGAAUUGAUGAUGCAGCAAUAAUAGCAAAAGAUACACAGACUGUAGAAUCAUGGCAUCGAGUACAACACGAAGUAUGGAGAGUCUCAAGAGUCAUCAAACAGGCCUCAUUAGUUCUCUCAGGACAACUGACAUGAAUAUCAACUGCACUUUGCAAUUUGAAUAAUUAGUUGAAAGUUAAUUUCCUAUGCAUGGUACAAGGUGUCACUCUUACUCUUUCUAUGAUGAGAAGCUAUGUGAUUCCCUGUUCUGAGUUGGAUGCUUCUCAUCAUGUUUGUAAAUAUUACUUCUGUAAUGUAUGCUUGCUUUAUCUAUUAUUUACUAGUUACUACCUAUUAUAAUAAAUGAUCCUACGGUGCAAGUGUAGCCUGGACAUUUAAGCAAUGAUCUUUGAUAUUCUUUUUGUCA